UACAAAUGCAUGAUUGUUAUUGUGCGUUUCCUAUAGGCGACACAUGUGACCUAUUCAUGCUAGUUAACAGAUUGUUUCUACUGGGGUAAAAUCAUUACAAGCGAGUUACAAGAAAUAAUGCCAACUGAACCGAGUCAUUGAGCCGACUCGUUCACGACCCACACGUCACUCCGGGAAUUGCGCUCGUGCACGAGCAAAACGGAAUGCGCGUUUGUUCGUGUGUGCGCUGUUGCGAAGGCUGGCAGUGUCGCGCACGCGCUCCCAGGCAGGCUUUACCGGAGGAGGACGCGCGCACGUCACGAAUCCGCAGCGACCGAAAGAUGCUGCUGCGAGGCCGCUUAGAAGAAAGGGUCAUUUAAUCUCUGUCCAUAUUUCCUCGACUUUCUGUACAUGCCAACAAGACAGACAGCAUUGUAUACGGAUGAGCCGCCUGCACACGCACGUGGAUCGUCAACAUGAUUUUAAGCGUAUUUUAAAGCUUGGAUUCACAUCCGGCGCUUUCUGGAUCACAGGAUUGUCAGCAGCGCGACUCAUUGAGGCAUUACAGGGUCCUGAUGCCAUACGCAAAUUCCACUGCUUGAUUUAGAGGAAGAGCUUGGGGCAGCACGGAACCAGGAUGAGUGGAGGACAGGAGCAGACUGACAUCCUGUCUGCUGACUCACUGGUCAGAGAGCGAUGGAAAGUGCUAAAGAAAAUUGGUGGUGGUGGCUUCGGGGAGAUCUAUGAGGCAUUAGACCUGCAAACCAAGCACAGUGUGGCGCUUAAGGUGGAGUCAGCCCAGCAGCCCAAGCAGGUGCUCAAGAUGGAGGUGGCUGUGCUGAAGAAACUACAGGGUAAGGACCAUGUGUGCCGUUUUGUGGGAUGUGGUCGAAAUGACCGUUUCAACUAUGUUGUCAUGGAGUUACAGGGUUGUAAUUUGGCGGAUUUGAGGAGAAGUACAAACCGUGGGAUGUUCACUGUGAGCACUAUGCUCAGACUCGGUCAGCAGAUACUGAAAGCUAUUGAGAGCAUCCACUCGGUUGGCUUCCUGCACCGCGACAUCAAACCAUCCAACUUUGCCAUGGGGCGCUUCCCCUACACUCGGCGGAUCUGCUACAUGCUGGACUUCGGUUUGGCACGCCAGUUCACAAAUUCAUCCCAGGAAGUCAGACCACCUCGUCGCGUGGCAGGGUUCAGAGGCACAGUACGAUAUGCUUCGGUAAACGCUCACAAGAACAAGGAAAUGGGCAGGCAUGAUGACCUGUGGUCUCUAUUCUAUAUGCUGGUGGAGUUCUUGGUUGGUCAACUGCCUUGGAGGAAGAUCAAAGACAAGGAACAAGUGGGGAAGCUUAAAGAGGCUUAUGACCAUCGCCUCAUGCUGAAGCAUUUGCCCUCAGAGUUCAGCAUCUUCCUGGACCAUAUUAGCAGCUUGGACUACUAUACCAAACCCGACUAUGAGCUUUUGAUGACGGUUUUUGAGAACGGUAUGAAAACCUAUAAUGUGGUGGAAAACGACCCAUAUGAUUGGGAAAGGACAAGCACAGAUGGUGCUCGUAAUACGCCUACAGCUGCCAACGUGCCUCAGCAUCACACACGCCUCACGCCAGCCUGCAUGGGUAUGGCUAAUGCCUCUGUGGUGCUUGGAGACCUUCUCAAGGAGAACACUGAUGAAGUUCUGCAGGACGAGCAGCUCAGUGAUGGAGACAACAACGUUGUUCCUGAGCGUCAGCAUGACUCUCCUAUCCCACACGUGAGAAACCCGGAAACUGACGUUUGGGAAGAUCUGGACCGCAAUAGUAACCUUAUCCACUUCCCUGGCUGGAAGGGCCCAGCAGAAGAGGAUCACAGUAACAAGGGCAACCUGAGCCCUCACGCUAGCCCCAGCUUUGGUUCUCCUGUAUGUUUACGCUCUGAGGUUGUACCCUCAGACAGAGAUGCUCCUCUCCUGAGGAAACUGCGCAACAUCCACAGCUUUGAGCUGGACAAGCGACUAACCUUGGAGCCUAAACUCAACACAGAGCGCUUUGUGGAAGCAUGCAGUGCAGGGAAGCAGACACCCGGUUCAGUGCUGGACCAGGAAGGUAAUGUUGGUGCAAUGCCGGCUGCUGCCUCUGUUCGUGUGUGGCACUUUGAUGAAGAGUUCCUCUCAGGAGAUGGAUCACCUAAACUAGCCUCCCCAGGCUCUCUGGAGCUCUUUGAUGGAGCAGCCAGUAGUGGAUUUGUAGCAUUACAUCUGAGCACAGACCAGCAGGACGUGGACUUGCAUGACUGGGUGAUGGUGGACCGUGUCUCUGACCAACAAGAAAUUCAAGAAGUGGCCAGUAGCAACCUGGGUCCUGAAACCAAGCUCACCAGCAGUCCAUCAGAGGAGCCAGAGGUGGUGCAGCCAAUGGAUGAGUCUCCUGAUAAGGAAGGGGUCACCCCAAGCCCCACCCUCGGACACAAUCUGGCUACACUUAGAGUAGAGAGGCUUGAACUGAGUACGGUACCAACAGCAGGUAUGCUCCCUAUUACACCCACCAGUCCUGCUGAAGCACUGGCAGAGGGAGCACUCACUCAGCUCCCCACCUCUCCCGCAUCUCUGCCAGAUGAGGUGGUGGCCCGGAAGCUUCUACGCUCCCCCAGUCCUCAUGCCUUCCUGAGCACAUUAUCAGAUCCCUUGCACCAACGCUCCCCACCCACUCUCCGCCGUAGCCAAUCCGCCGAACACCAAAACCAGCACCGCUAUUCCUGCUCCUCUUCCUCCAAGCCCCGCAUCACUCAAAGGAAGCUGCCAGCUAUUCCUCCAGGCGCCUCCAGCACCAAGAUCCCUUCAGUCAUACGCAUCACUCGCGCUCAGCUGCAGCAGUUGACAGCUCAGCGACCUUCUGCGCUCUCCUCCCAGUCAGCCUCUGACAGCAUGCCACAGUGUCUCCUGCUGGAGAAUCACGAGAAAGCCGCUCUGUCACAGGAUCUCACAGUUGACAUUCAUUCACCUCAGGAGCAGCCUCGAUCCCUGCGCUCCUGUCCCUUCAGUCCUGAUGAGGAAAUUCUGAUAAAUAGAAAUGGAAAUUCACAGAAAGUGCCAAGCCUGGAAAUGUUACCCCUUAAUGCCGGCAAUCCAGUCAUGAUAAACAGCCAUGCAGACUCUACGGCAGAUCUUCAGAAGGCACUACUGUCUGAGCUGAAGGACAUUAAGAAAGACUGUGAUGCCUCCACAGAUCCUGAUCAGCAACCACCACUGAAGAAAGAACAGUCCUCCCCAACUUCUGUCCCGUCUCGGGAUCCCGAUCGCCGGCUGAGCCGCAUCCCUGUCCUUGAGCCCUCUAGUUUGCUGCAGGAUGCUCUUCCUGGCUCGGCUAAAGAAAAACUGCUGCAAAAACGAGGCCAGCGCCUGCCCACCUCUCCCUGUGCCUCGCCAUGUGCCUCGCCCUCACUCUCCUCUGUCCAGCGUGACCGCAUGUCCUCCACUUCAGCGUCUGAGCGCUCGCAGGAUGAGGAGUCUAUACACGGACUGAGACAGGGUGAUGAUGCCGCCUCGCUAUCCUCCUCCUCCAGCCCACACUCACAUAAGAGCAAAAUCCCUAGACCUGUAAGCCGUUCUUCUGCACAGGGGGAUCUCACGGCCCAGUUUGUGCCUCGACCUCCUCCCGGCAAACCACCCAGCCGUACAUCUGCAGAUGGAAGGCUGCGGCGUUACCGGAUUCGAGCGGGCAGUGCAGGAGACUCUGAGCUGAUGACGUGCCUGGCUCAGCUGAUGCGAGAUGGAACCAGCCGGUCCUCGUCGUUGCAUUCUCGCAGCUCAAUGCAGCACAUGGGCACCAGGCUUGUGUGCAUCAACCAAUCUGGUAUCUCGCAUCACCACCACCAUCACCAUCACCAGCGCAGCUCCAGUGCUUCCCCCCGCAGCUGCUCCUCACUUCAGCGCUCCAUCAGCUCCUCACCUUCCCGGCACGAGCACCGUGUCGGAUGCCUGCGCAGCCACUCACCCCCCAGCUUCUCGGGGUCUCCGCCUUUGCGCCGCGUGCAUCCGCAUGCACAGGAGGGCAGCUGUGGUCACAAGGCUCGUGCCAAAGCUUGCCCUCGUGAGCCCAAGUGCUCCAGCAAGCUGAGCAGAUAGCUUUUUCGCCACACACAUUUACAUGCUCCAGUCCACACACGAACAGAUAAAUCACAAAAAAUAAAUCACAAGCAGACCAGCAGAGGAGGAAAAGGCUUGAAAGGUUCUACUUUUUAUGCUUGACUUGUACCAUAUAUACAGUAUAGUCUCCGUAUAAUAUCCAGUCUUACUACCGUGACUUCACAGUAUUCUGCUAAGAAGAUUUGCACCCAAGUCUUGCUACACGUUUGAGUCGGACAAGAAGAGAGUCGGUAUCAGCUCUCUGACCUGCAUUUUCUCUUUACUCUCAAGGUUUUUUAAGAACAGUGAGUGUAAUGCCCGUACUGUAGGAUUUCCUUUUUUUGUAAAUGCAACCUAAUUUUUUUUAGGUGAAUUGUAGGAUUAGUUAUUUGUUUUAAGAGAGAAAAAUCAUGCAGCUGGAACCCUGAUAUAAUUUGUCUAACAGUAGAUGCAUGGGUUUGUGUAUUUGCAUCAAGCUCAUUAACCUGAAAUACAGUAUACUACUUAUUGAAAUAUGCCCUUUGGCUUGAAUGCAUAUUGCACCCUUCUAUUCCAUGCAGUGGCAGGUACACUGACAGAUCACUGACAUUAUGCAUAAUCCAUCGAUGCCAUUGUUUUUUUUUUCUGUCUGUGCUGUAUUUUUGGAGGCUGCAGAAACAGAGUAUUAACGUGACGACUAGUGUUUCCUUUCCCAACAAUCACUAAAGCAAUCACUACAAUUCUUUCAAGCACUUUGCUAUAAGCCCAAGGAGAUAUUCCUUCAAAUUAUGGGAGAGCAAGGUACGAGUUUCACAAUGCGCUACAGAUAUAUAUAUAUAUAUUUUUUUUGAGCUCUGGAUCUCAGGCUGCUCCUGUAAAGAAAACUGCUUGCACAAACACACAGAGACACAGCAAAUAUACACAGACUUGCAUGUGAGACACUCACAUUGGUAUUAAAACUUUGAUUUUUGAUUACCGUGUCCAGGGUAUGUGCGCCGCAGGCCGAAGAAGCUUCAAAGAGUUUUCAAAGGGAAUGUUUUAUAGCUCAGAUAAUACAGAAGUCAAAAAAUGCAUCAUUUAUUCAUGUGAAAGGCAAAGUCGAACAGAAGAGGUUACACAAUUCCCCAAGUCGAAAACAAAACUAAGAUCAGAUAUAGAUUUUUAAACUAGACUAAAAUUAGAUAUCAUUUGUUUCUCACUUUGAAGGAAUUCUGGACAAAAAAAUUUAAAAAGUUGACGUAACAUUAAAAAGCUGUGGAACACAGAAGAGGUGAGGAGCCUUACUGCACCAAAAUAUUAUAUACAAAUAAUAUAUAGUCACAUCGUCACAAAUACGCAUAGAGAACAGAACACAAUGUAAGAUUGACACAAAUGCACCAGGGUUCGAUAGAAACAAGUGAGUCUGAAACUAGACCAAUGCUGUGGAUCAGGAAAAAAAAAUCUCACUCAGAUUUGUACAGCAGAAAAUGUGUCCAGUGUGAAAGCCACCUGACACAAUAAAUCACACAACAAAUGUCACGGUUUGAUCAAAUUGUCUGGAAGGUACGUUCUUUUUAAACCUCAGUUUUGAAUGCUUAGGUACACGAAAUUCAUUAAAAAGGGAAACAGUGUGAUCCAAAAUGUCUACAUUUCACUGUGCGUAUAUGCAUUGAACGUGAUCUUUUGACUGUGUGGACUAUGGAAAUCCUUAAGAAGGACAUUUUUCUUUAGAAUGAAGUCUUUCUUCAGGCCUGCUGAUAAAUUCAUGUUUGCUGACCUCCUUGUGCUCCAUCCACGUCGUCCCUCAUGACUGUAACACGUCACCUCCUGCUCUCUAAAAACACUACAAACAGCAUUCCGUAUAAUCUAAUUCAUAUAAUUACCCCAUCACACACUGUUAUGUUCUGAGUAGAGGUGUUCUUUGUUUUUAGUAAUAUACACCUAUUAAUAAUCUCUUUAUGUCCUUUAAUUAUCAGUCUCACCACAGCAUUCAACAUUUUCAACAAUAUUUUAGAUAGCAUUUAGUUUCUUGGUGUAAACCUUGGUAUAAACGUUGGUCGGCCACACACAAACACACACACUCACACACACCCCAUACAUACACAUAUACAUAUAUGCAUAUAUACAUAUAUAUUUCCACGUAUUUGUGUGUGUGUGGCUGACCAACGUUUAUACCAAUGUUUUUACAGUAGGAUUGUGUCUCAGAGAAUCAGUUUUGAAUCAAGAAAUUUGUAGUCAGUAUAUAUCCUGGAGGCUGAUUUAUUUUACAGAGCUUCUGCAUGCAUUGCAUUUUAUUACCAUUGUUAAACAUAUGACUUAUUGUUAUUUUGUACCAAGACAGUUUGAUAGCCCAGAUGUUCAUGAUACAGCUGUUAGAUUAAAGUUUCUACAUCUUGUAAGAUUAAAGAUUGUACUUCUGUGUCACAUCCUCUGGAAUUGAUUUUUAUACAGUCCUGAUGAAGGCCGUGGUCCUGUGUAGACAUGCUAGUUGACGUAAUGCUAGAUUAAGCUUCAGGACAUGCGAAUGAAACCUGUAAGCCAAACUGUUGUCAUUUUAAAAGUUUAUCAUGUGUUGCCCCAUGUAAUGAAGUUGUAGGCUUUUUUUUAAGAAAACCCCUACGUACAUUUUUACUGUAAUAGAAAAUGUUGUAGCUCUUUACAUUCCUCUGUGGGAAACGAUUGGUUGCUCUUGUCUUGCUGGCAAUCUCAAUGUCUUAAUCCGUGUAAAAUUUGAAAAAUGUAAAUAAAAAGCCAGGUUGUUUAGAGUAGCUUCUGCUCUCACUGCAUUUUCUCUAGGUUUAAUCUGGAUUUCUGACGUCCCCCAGUUGGACAGAAUUGAAGAGUAUUAGCUGAAGGUUCCUGGUGCCAGUUUAACUUAUAGUUUAGCAUCUGAUUCCAUGUUGCAGAACUGAAACACUGUACAGCCUAAAGAAUAAGGGAUGUUAAAGGAAGAGAACACAUUGUACAGUUCUGCAAUAUUUGUGUUCUAUUUUUUUUUUUAUUUCUAUCGUAUCAAUGCCUUUUGGCCAAUGCCAAAACAGUGUUUGUUUUGUUUUUCAUUUUAAAUUGUUUUGUAUUUUAUUUUUAUAAACUUGUUAUGAAUAAAAUAUUUAUUCAGCAUGCCAGCAAAACCUUUA